UCACCGUUCGUUUUACACCGUACGUAUUGGUUAUAUUAUCCCAAAAUCAUCGACCGACAUUCAUAAAUCCAGUCAUUUUAAUUUUCUCUUUACCUAGCUCAACGUGCAAUCUCUAAAAAUGAAAGAUCCAAGUAUUACAUUGCUUCAAUCUCUAAAAAUGAGAUAUCCAAGUAUUAUGUUGGUUCUUUUUCCAUUCUUCUUCGUCUUCAUAUGGGAAUCAAACUCACCAGUAGUAUCAUCCGAGACUUUCACACAAUGCCUAACCUCAAACUCCGACCAGAAACAUCCCAUCUCCCCCGCCGUGUUUUUCGCCGGAAACGGCUCAUACUCCUCCGUACUAGAGUCCAACAUACGUAACCUCCGAUUCAACACCUCCAACACUCCAAAACCCUUCCUCAUCAUCGCCGCGACACACGAGUCCCACGUCCAAGCCGCGGUGACUUGCGGCAAACACCACAAUCUUCAGAUGAAAAUAAGAAGCGGUGGCCACGACUACGAUGGCUUGUCAUAUGUUACACACUCUGGCAAACCAUUCUUUGUCCUCGACAUGUUUAAUCUUCGGUCGGUUGAAGUCGACGUGGCGAGUAAGACUGCGUGGGUCCAAACCGGUGCCACCCUCGGAGAAGUUUAUUACCACAUAUGGGAGAAGAGCAAAACCCUUGCUUAUCCCGCCGGAGUUUGUCCGACAGUUGGUGUCGGUGGCCAUAUUAGCGGCGGAGGUUAUGGUAACAUGAUGAGAAAAUACGGUCUCACCAUAGAUAAUACACUCGAUGCAAGAAUGGUCGACGUCAAUGGAAAUAUUUUGGAUAGAAAAUUAAUGGGAGAAGAUCUCUUCUGGGCAAUAAACGGAGGAGGAGGAAGUAGCUACGGCGUCGUUUUAGCUUACAAAUUAAACCUCGUCGAAGUCCCUCAAACCGUUAACGUUUUCAAUAUCUCCCGGACACAAGAGCAAGAUGCGACGGAGAUUGUUUACCGGUGGCAACAAGUCGCACCGGAGCUUCCUGACGAACUCUUCAUAAGAUUAUUCAUCGACGUAGUAAACGGCACCGUUUCAUCUCAAAAGACCGUUAGGGCAACAUUCAUAGGUAUGUUUCUUGGUGACACAACAACUCUUCUGUCGAUAUUAAACCGGAGAUUCCCUGAACUGGGUCUGGUCCGGUCUGAUUGUAUCGAAACGAGCUGGGUCCAAUCUGUGUUUUUCUGGACAAAUAUCCAAGUUGGUUCAUCGGAGAAAGUUCUACUCGAUAGGAAUCAAACCACGAACUAUCUCAAGAGAAAAUCAGAUUACGUACGCGAACCGAUUUCAAGAACCGGUUUAGAAUCGAUUUGGAAGAAAAUGAUCCAGCUUGAAAUUCCAACAAUGGCUUUCAAUCCAUACGGCGGUGCAAUGGGGAGGAUUCCAUCUACGGCGACUCCGUUCCCAUACAGAGCCGGAAAUCUCUGGAAGAUUCAGUAUGCUGCGAAUUGGAAAGAAAAUAGGUUAACCGACCGGUAUAUUGAACUGACGAGGGAGUUGUACCAAUUCAUGACACCUUUUGUUUCCAAGAAUCCGAGACAGUCGUUUUAUAAUUAUCGUGAUGUUGAUUUGGGGACUAAUACACACAAUGGGAAAAUACGUAGCUAUGUUGAAGGUAACCGUUACGAAGCUUGGAGGAACAAGUACUUUAUUAUGAGGAGAAUAAAAAGGAGAAGAGAUCUAGAAGAUGAGUGUAUGGAUUUGAAAGAGAAAAAUUUGAGAGAAACUUAGAGAGAUAAGAAGACUUCUCACUAUACAUUUUUCGCUUCUACAUAACUCAUAUUUAUAGAAGGAGGAGACAAAUACAAGCAUAAAGAGGUUGGUGACAAGUGGUGAGUCAAGUAAACAAGUGUCACAUGCAUUGAAUGAGGAGGGACAUUGUUGUGAUGGAUUGUAUGAAAGAGAAACACUUGUGGUGAUGUAUACUCACACAAUUUUAUAACACUCCCCCUUGAGUAUUGUAAUGACCGACCUUUUUUUGUUUUUUAAUAAUAAAUAAUAAAUAUA